GUUUCCAAAUUCAUCGGUUCACCGCCGGGUUACGUGGGGCAUGAACAAGGCGGUCAGCUGACACAAGCUUUGGCCACCUGUCCGGAUGCCGUUGUCCUGUUCGAUGAAACAGAAAAGGCACAUCCGGAUGUUUUGACUGCCUUGUUGCAGUUAUUCGAUGAAGGUCGACUCACCGAUGGUCAAGGUCGUACAAUCAACUGUAAAAAUGCCAUUUUCAUCAUGACUUCUAACGUGGGCAGUCAGGUGAUUGCAGAGCACGCUCAAGCGUUACGCAGUGCCUCGGGUGAUUCAGGUGAGACAAAAUCGAUCAACAGUAACUUAUCAGUUGUUUAUUUCAGUUAUUUCUAA